UUGUAUGUGUGACAUUACGGUACAUUUAUAGAUCCGUCAGAGUCUUGGUUGUUUGCAAACCCAAAGAGCACUGCAAUGUAAGUUUAUCAAGAGAAAAAUCGGACGGCAUACCGAGAAUAGCGCAGCAGAAAACCAGAAGCUUCUUUCAACCACACUGCUUCCUGACCUUCUCCAGGCUCAGUAGUGCUGGAGCCUCUGGUGUAUUUCAUCCUCUUCCUCAUCGAUUGUGACUCCACUCUCCUCUCUCCCUCUGCUGAGGGAGCACCUGUCAUCUGUACUUCUGCUGUCCAGUACACCAAAGCUGGUGACUUCAGCACACACACUGCAAGACAGUCCAUUUACACUUACAGACUGUUGGAAUGGCCACUAAACCUCAUCCACCUCUGAUGAAGAAACACAGUCAGACCGAUCUGGUGAGCCGACUCAAAACACGCAAGAUCCUGGGGGUCGGUGGAGAGGAUGAUGAUGGAGAAGUGCAUAGGUCAAAGAUCAGUCAGAUGCUGGGGAAUGAGAUCAAGUUUGCGGUUCGAGAGCCUGUGGGACUGAGAUUGUGGAUCCUCUUCUCCGCUGUGGUUUUCACAGUCAUGGCCCUUAUGGCUCUAGCCUUCCCUAACCAGCUGUAUGAAGUUGUAUUUGAUCAAGAACAGACAGCCACCAGCAUCUCUAUACGUCUCUAUGGAGGGGCCAUUCUCAGUCUUUCUCUGAUCAUGUGGAAUGGCUUGUACACUGCUGAGAAGGUUAUCAUCCAGUGGACGUUACUUAGUGAGGCCUGCUACUUUGCCAUCCAGUUUUUAGUGACCUCCAUCACUCUGGUGGAACUGGACUCUUUACCAAAUGCUGCCAUCCUCCUCCUCCUCAGUCGCAUAUUCUUCCUCACUGUCACACUGUCCUACUACUACCAUCUGGGACGCCGGCCCAAGAAGAUCUGAGAGCCCCGCGAGCAGCGUCCUGACACACCUGGUGCUUGGGGAGUUGAGUGACGGGCCACUGGGCUGGAGUUUCCAUCAGAAGCGUUGAACCACAACAUCAACCUGUUCACCCGGCGUUGAGUCUUACCGCAAGGCCUACGCCAAUCCCAAAGCCUUUAUUGUAAUUCCAGCUUACACACAACACAGGGGUUUGCCUUUAGUGUGAGCAACUCCAUCUCUUUCUGUUUGUUUUUUUUCUUCUUCUUGGGAAACACUCACAAUAUGGUCCAAUGAAUAGAUUUUUUUUAUUUCAGCUAGUGCAGUCGCUGUGUAGCCCUCCUCAUUCACCAUUUAUCGUGUAAAGUAUUGCACUCCGUAGCCGAGCUUGGACUGCUAGCUAAGGUAUCAACAACAAAACUGUAAAUCAUUCAUGUAAUAAUGCCAGUGAGCUCCUAGUCAUGUGACGUGCGUGAAGGUGGCUAGCAAACACUAGAUUGUGUGUUUUUACAUGCAGUCAUUCAGUAUUUGAGCAGUAAAAACAUUCUUCCUGAUUGGUGUGUUUUGUAUCACUGCUAUAUUACUAAACUAGGAACAACCUGCUCUACGUCGAAUGAUGGGAAUGGUUAAGAAAAGCAUAAUUGUACUUUAUUGAUGACAGAUGCAACCGGUUCAUUUGUUCAGUUAGUUGGUGCAUGGACUGUUUCAGGAACUUCAGGAAAUGGGGUUGAACUAAUCAUUCAUAUUAAAGAUAACAACUCUAUCCAUUUGUGUCAAGUUUGUUUCAUUAAAAUGUCAGAAACACCUUUUUUUGUCUAGUAUUGCCACAGAACAUGGUUGUGUAGCACAAGGACAUGUUUCAUUCAUUUUAAGAAGCAAUGUAGCAGUAUUUUCCCCACACUGUUUUUCCCCCUAAUAUUGCCUUUUAAUGCUGAACUGCACAGGCAUUCCUCAUGUCAGCACACUGCCAGGUGUUUGUAUUCUUCAAAUGAUCUGUACAUAUUUUUCUGUUGAUUAUGCUUAUUUAUUUGCCUGCCCAAACGUUUUUGCAUUAGUUAAUUUCAAUUUUUUUUAUUUCUUUUUUUUUUUAGGUUUGUUGUAUAACUUGCAUGCUUAUUGUCUGAGUUUUUCAGUCCAGAAAUGAUCUUGUAUCUUGUACAAACUGCGAAAUCAAAAUGAGCCGUGUGUAUGUAGUUAGACUUUUCCUUGUGGAUUUGCUAUUAUUUUAGACUGUGUCCAUUAGUACAACAGUGACAACUCCCAUUAAAAGCAUAAUAGAAUUGAAAACACUUUAUAACGUUAGAAUAACUUGAAGUUAUAUAGAUUUUGGGAAAAAAAAGUCGAUUGGCUAUAUGGAAGUAAGGAAUAUGUUUAGCAAGAACUUAUACGGUAAAUAUCUGUUGUUAAAUGUUUCAUAUUGAGGCUACAGUGCUGCUGGUUGUUUUCAUAUGUGAUAGAAAAAAAGUGUGUGUUUAUGUACAAUAUGAGGACAAAAGUAGCAGUUACUUGCAGGGUUUAAUUAGGUUUGCAUUGAACUCAAUUACUCAAUUCCAAAGCUCUGCUAUACAUGGCUCAAAAAAGGUCAUGAAGUUCCAAGGACCAGCUCUGGAAGAGACUGUUUCUUUUACAAUCCAGUUUGAUUUCAUCUCUUUCUGUAGUCUUAAAUCUAAACAGCUCAUAGUUCAAAUCCCAGUACAACCCUUUCCUCUCGCUGUCCUGUAGAUAUUUUUUCUUUGACAGAACAAAAUCAGUCCUAGUUAUUCAGUAUAGACAUGGCUGUUACUGUAUGUUCUGUUCCUCUCAUUAAAACGCGAGCUUUCAUCCCUCUUAACACUCGCCCAGUUAAAUAUGAUGAUGGCAAAUGCCAAACAUGAAUCAUUUGUUAUUCACGUCUCCUGAUGAGAAUUGUGUUGCCAUGCGAUUAGAAGUCAUAUCCUUCAGUUGUCUGCCAGUGGUAUACAUAACGCCUCUGAAGGGAUGUUAAUGUACUUUUUAAAUGUGUGUGUGAAUAUUUUAUUGAAAGAUGUUAUUGUUAUGGACUUGCAUCGUUAUCUUUUUGGAAUAAAGGAAAUGUACAAUUA